GACUGUGGGAGUUAUUAUAAUCAAAAUACAUUGUACCCACAAGUAGAAUUCUCAAAGUAUUAAUACAUAAUAAUAUGGUUAAAAACGUUCUUUUCACAAAGAAACUCAACUGGCAUUCCUAUUCUGUAGUAUGUAGAGAACUCCAUCCAGAGAACACUAUUUAUGUUGUAUUAAUAUCUUUUUUUGAAAUUCAAAAUAUUACACAGCACUGUUAGGUUUUUAGUAAAAUUAAUGGAAUUUUAGUUAAUCAUUGGUGAUCCUGAAAGUCUGAGUUAUGGUCAUUAAAUAGAAUUUUAAAUGUCUAUUUUUUUUCAGUUUCAGGAGGAAUUGUGCUGACUAUUUAUAAUAACUAAUAUAAGUUUUCUAGAAGUUACAGGAGGGUUUGUCCACAUAGGGAAAGACCCACAUUUGAAGUUAAGGGCCAGGAAGUAAGACACUAAGUAACACACUGGAUCACUGGCAUCUUGAAUGAAAUUAAAACUAUGAAAAAUCUGCAGCCCCAGCUUCUAUAUUUUAUAAAGUAAUUUAUAAAAUAAAGAUCAUAGAGAGGCUAAAUGUGUUGUAGACUUUAUUCUAUUUCUAAAUGAUGCGGCUCUAGUUCUGUGAUUUAUUUUCAAGGCAUAUUAUCAAAUUUUAUAGCAUGCCUGAAAAUUUUUCAUUUUUCUUCAAAAUGGUUUAAUGGUAAAUGGUAAGACAUUUUUCAUUUUUAAGUAAGUAUAUUGAAAACCUGUUAUGGCUAAUAUUUAUUCCAUAAAACAUGCAAAAGCAUAUGUAAAGUGUUGUGCUUUUUAUGAAUUCUAUUCAUUUAUAAAGCCCUCAAUAACAUAACGGUAUAUGACUUGGACCCAUCUCACAUUUAGGUUAACACUGUGUGAAGAACACAAGCUGGAAUAAGCAAAUACUGCAGUCACACUUCUCUGGCAUUUCAUAGUUUACUGAGCUAUUUUUGAAAGUGUUCGUAUUAACAAUAAACUUAGAAUGUCAAAGAAAAUUUGUGAAUCUGUCAUUCUAUCAUGAAGAUUGUUUUAUGUACACACAUAUAAAUGUCAUGCAUGCUGUUUUGAGUUUGUAAUAGUAUCUUUAUUCCAAAAGUCAAGAUUUGCUUUAAACAAAAUUCUAUUUGAAAUGCCCAAGAAGAGAUAGCUGUUUCAUUUAUUGUGAUUUUUUUCUUCUGUUAUUUGUAUAAUGCCUGUUCCUGAUGUCCACAUGCUUUGUCUAUAGAGGGAGCGUCUAUAUAAAAUGGUCAUAUGGUUCAUACAUGCUGAUCUAUAAAAAACAAACACAAAAAAACAUCAAAGAUGGCAGAAUUUUCUCUUAUGUGGGUGGGCUUUAGCAUUUCUGUGCCUGUAUCGGUGUUAUUGAGUAUAAAUGACAGGGCUUGGCUAUUUUCCAACAUUAAAAAGAUUAUAUUAAUGAGCCAGGCAUUGGUGGUGCACACUUUUAAUCCCAGCACCUGGGAGGCAGAGGCAGGCAUAUCUUUGUGAGUUUGAGGUCAGCCUGGUCUACAAAGCUACACAGAGAAAACCUGUCUGGAAAAACAAAACAAACAAACAAAAAAGAAUUACAUUAUUUUUGCCUAUCUAUGCAUACCUCAAGGUUAUUUAUUUUUCUUCUUAGAAGUAGGACCUGAGGUAGAGCUAAUUCUCUCUAAAAUGGCUUAAUAAAGGUACUAUUUAAUUAAAAUAUAUGAGUAUGAGAACAUUACAAAUACAUGUAUUUGUAAAACUAAGAUAGUUUGAACUACUACCUUGAUAGUUGAAGGCUAGUGCAUAUUAGUGUGAGUAGAGUGUAUUAAUGGUUUAAUUAAGUAAGUAUGUUUCACUUGAAAUGACAGCUUGUAUAUUCUGUCAAAUCUUAUGGACCCAAUGUGAGGAGUGAGGUGUAUAAAUGAAAACUAAACUGAUUUCUGAUUCUUCAUAAAUGAUUUUCCUGCCAUUCUGAGUAACAUAACCUCUUUUAAGUCAUUCUGCUUUCUACUGUUUAGUUUCACUUAUAUUGGAACCAUCUCUUGAAUUCUUAAAUUUUCCCAUAGAUGCCCGGGGUGCUUAUUUGGGUUUCCCUUCCUUUUUAUAUUCUAGAAUCUAUAGCUUCCAUUAAAGUAUUUUCUUUUUUUGCUUCAUUAUUGUAGCUCAAGUAGCCAGAGUAAUUCUUGGCAAAAGAAUAGUUACUAAAUCUAUAGAACAAAUGACUGAGUGCAGUUAUAAAUAUAAAUACUGAGAAUAAUUUGCCUGAUAAAAGUUAUGUUUGUGAAGGACAGGAGCCAGAAAAGGUAGAACAAUUAGGAAGAUCAAAAAAGUCACACUCUUAAAAGCAAGCAAAUAAGUCUAGUAUGGUUAAGAGCUGGGGAAUAAGGGGUACUAGCAAUGUUUCUGUUUUUGUUUUCUGGUUUUCAAGAAAAGCAAAAAACAAAAUAAUGACAGAUAAGGAUGGCUUAGACCAGCACCCAGAAGGCUUUCCAAUUCCCGUGGGUGGGUCUGAAUACUAUGAUGAACCCCUAGGGAAAAUGGUUAAGUCAAAUGUUCAGAAUGACCUUCUGUGAGCUCUGCAAGGCUGAGAAACUGAGUCUUUGAGGCCCUCAGACCCUUACUUGCCUUCCAGAUUUCUGAUCACAGUGUCCUCAGAAUGAGACAAAUGCCUGUUGUAGAAAAUGGGAACUCACAACAUAGAAGAGAACCUUGUUUUCAUUCUACAAAGUUUCAUUGGUAAAAGCAGAGUUCUGUCCAAGAAGAAAGCAGGUUACCUCUCUUGCCACCUGACUGACAGUAGUGGUAGUUUUUAUAUUGUCACUUUGAGCUUGAUAGCAGAAUAUCUUACAACCAAUCUUUCAAAAAUCCAAAUGGAGGAGUUUCUGUAUGAUUUCUCACUAUGAAAUGGGCUUAGAUUUCCUAUUCAUCAUGAUAUUGUUUUCUACUGGCCACUGUAACAGGUAUAACGGCAAGGUCAUUGGCUUAUAGCAAUUCAGAUUUGUUUUCCUAUAGUCUCAAGGUCUCACUGAACUUAAAUCAAAUACCAGCAUCAUGCCCCUUUCUCUAGGGAAUAUGAUAUUUUUCAAAAUUUUCUGGCCUCUGAAGCCUGUGUGAAUUCCUUAGCCCAUGAUUCCCUUCCAUCAUCAAAGGCAGCCAAACACAUUCUAGUCUUUUUCACAUUAUAUCUUUCUGACACUGACAUUUGUCCUCCUCCAAUUCAAGACUCCUAUGCAUCUGAACUGAGGUGAUCCAGGAUCGUGAACACUAAUGGAUAUACAUUAGACUAUCCACUGCUUUGAUUUUGCCAUGUGACAUCCCAUAUCUCUAGACUCUGGGAAGAUAAGAAAAUAAAACAAUUUGGGGAUGUAAUUACUUGCUUACCAGGCCAUGUAUUCUAUUUAUGAGUAUUUGGCUUUUGUGAACAUGAACGAAUUUCUAGAAAGGAACAAUCUACUUCUCAGGUCUUUUCUACCAGGAUUUAAAAGUAUUUUCUCACUGGCUUACUUCUGGUUAAGCCAAUCCUUUCCAGCUCAGCCUGUGUCUCAUAAAAUGCAAGCUAGUGAGGACCAUGUGAAAUCCCAGGUCAGAGGAGCCACAGCUGCACAUCGUUUCCCCCAAUUAUUCUAUGUUUUUCUGUUAAAGAAAUGUCUGCUCCUCAUAGAGAGAAAUAACUGACAUUUCUUAUAUUGCAUGGCUACACAUCGCAGACCCACGAAUCUCAAACAGAACUUUAUAUGCUGUACCUCUUGGCGCUUGUCCUUAUUUCAUGGAGAACUCUGAACCUCAGGAAGACCAGAAAACAGGGUUUUAUAUUGGCAAAACAUGGAUACUCUUGAGGCAUUUCAAAGUUGUUGGGGGAAAAAACUAAUAAUGAAUUCUUUAAAAUUCAUUAGUAUCUGUCCAGGUGAAACCUAAUAACAAAAUUUAUUUGUUUGACCUCUGUGACAGAUUCUAAAUAAGAAUUAAUCUCUGUAAUUAACUUAUAAUGGAAUUUCACUUUCUAAUUGUGUGCAAAUGAAACCAACUGGUUGCCUUUUUUACUGAUUUUUGGCAGCAACUGUUCCAUCACAUUGUUUUAUGAGGCAAUAAUAUAGUGUCUAAACAGAACAACUCAGGGCACAAAUAAUUUAUCCCAUUGAAUAACAAAGAGAUUUCCAUGAAUAAAUCAGGAAACCAAAUUACUUUUCUUGUGGGCUAGGACCAACUGUGACACUUAUAACUGCAAUAAAAGCCGUGAUUAAUGAUGUUUGAAUAUCAAAGGCUUGAAUAUUUGACAUGAAAUUAUUAAAUACCUAGAAACUCAUAAAAUAACCUGUACCUCAGACAAGUGGUUUGAACUUCUUUUUAUCAGCCUGCUAAUACCCAUUGCACCUGGAAAUUUGAUUUAUCUGUUCUUAAAGAUAUCCAAAACUACUUGAGUUCAUGGCAUUUCUAACUGAAAAUAUGAAAUUUUACUACCAACCCAAAUCUAAAACUGGCUGUUUUUACUGAAGGAGUCCUUGAAUCUGUUGCUAAGAAACCAGCUUUGAAAAACAAGGACAAAACAUGAUGAAAAUCUUUUGCUUAAAGAGGCAAGAUGCUCUGACAAACAGCCAUUUCUCAGAAAAGCUCACUUAGAGAAAUGAGUGUUCCCAGGACCAGUCCAUCCACUGGUUGUUAUUCACUAAGAAUAUUUUGUUAAUCGAUUAGCCCUAUACUCUGCUUUUAUACUUUUGUGAAAUAUUGUGUGUUAGAUUUAAUAAAAUUUCAGUUUUCAAAUAUGAAGAUCUUAACAAGGGAAUAGAGUUCACAGGCCAUGUUAUACAUACCCAAGCCAGUGACUCCAGGAAAUUAUCUAUGCUGUCAGGAGAUAGCACAUCCAAUAACAUGAGAAGUCUCACUGGUAUCCUACUUCAUUUUAAUUACUAUGGAUAGUAGGACAAAAGAAAAGUGACAUUUGUUAGAUUCUCCUAAAAUCAUAUAUAUUAGUUUAUUUUUCUCUUGUAAAAUUAUUGUUCAUAGUAGUGUGUUGGUGAUAAGGAAUUUUCUAAGUAGUUAAAACAUGCUUAAUAAUUGUCAUCUUGAACAAACAUCAUUUAUAGUGACAAAUAUUUUUAGACCUGAGCACAUUUAUGAUAUGGGGAUUUCACCUUCAAUCAAUGGCUUAAAUAAAAGAAAUCAUUGAAGCAACCCCACUUACCUCAUUUUUCUACAAACUGAAAUAAAGAACAAAGAAAAAUGUGAAUAAGGAGAUUAGAAAAGUGAUUUGAACGUAGGAGAACAGAGCAGAGCAUGGUUUGUCAUUGAGUAACAGCAAAUGAACUCUCUGGAAACUGGGAGGUGUGCUUUUUUCCCUGAAGGGGCUGGUUAUUUCUUCUCAUUAGUUAAGCAAUAUCCAAUACUGACUCUAACAGGAAUUACACUCGAAAACUGAUAAAAAUCAAUGAACUGAUUUUGUGUCAACAUCCACUGAUGGUGGUUACAUUACAGAUUGAGAUCUUGUUAAUUUCAGUCCAAUUGAUUUCCUAGUUAAGUCAUGUGUGUGUUUUUUCUUUACACAAGCACAAGAUUCAUUGAUGUCACAAUCAGAUGAUAUUACCAUAAAGUACUCUUGAUCAUGUUUAUUGAAUAGAACUGAGAACCAUUCCUUAGCCAUGAAUAUUUUAGAUCUCUCAAAUGAAUUUUGUUGACUUGGUGGGAAAGGGGGGCUUUAACUAUCUUUUUUUAGGACACUCCAAGUCAUAGUCCAGGCAGCUAGAAAAGAAAUUACUCUGGUUAUUUCCUAGGUGAAGCAAGUAGAAGUUAACAGUGAUGUUAAAAUUAGAGAGAGAGAGUAUUUUAUUCCGAGAUGUAAUAACAACCUUAACUAGAAAGGGGAAGUAUCUAGAAGCUUCUAUUUCAGAAUACUAGCUGUGGGUAUAUUUGUCAGGAACAGGAAUAGAGAGUCACUGUUGCCUUCUGUUGCACCAUGAAGAACAGUUGGGUGCAAAGUUUGUCACAAUUCCCUUUCCUCUGAAAGAGAAAUUUGUCCUUGCAUGAAUUGACUGAAGAAUCUGUCAUUAAUUAAAUAGUACCAAUAUCUGAAUAGUGAUGGAGGUAUCAUAUGCAGUAUUAUCACAAAUGCCUUUUAAUUCUAAUUCCAAUUCCAAUCUUCACAGAUUGUGAGACUUCCUGCACACUCAGGGUCAGGGUCAGUUCAUUCAGUAAGACUGUUAUGACAAGAGAUUCCCUUUGUGAAACAGUGCAGGAUAUAAGGACAGCACUGUGAGAGAACCCCUGAGAGCCACCAAGAUAAGCUUGGUUGUGUUUGCAUAUAUGUAUUUCAUAUGUGGGUAUGCAUUUUGUGUAAAUAUGGACAGAGAAAGGUUAUUGUUAUUUGAAGUCCAAAACCUACCAAAAGAUUCACUCCAGAAAUAGAGAUUUGAACUUGUUAAUUGUCCCGUAGAUUUAUGAUAUAGGGCAUACUUAUAAAAAUGCAAUAAUAGACAAAUCUUUAUUAUGAGUGCCUGGGAGAGAAGGAUGAAGUGAAAGCAUCAUCAAUUACCCCGAGUUUCAAGUAAUUCUACAUCCACCAAUGUUUCUAAUUUUCUAAUGUGUGAUGUGGUUCAUAUAACACAUUUUAAAGCAUUUAUGGUGCCAUUAAGUGCUUGUUCUUGUAUGUAUAGUUCUUUACAUAUGGGAUUUUUCCCUUUGAUUUUAAUAACUAUAUUAUCUCUGAAUUUCCAAAUACAUACCAUUCUUGUGGCUAGAGAGAUGGCUUAGCAAUUAAGAACAUGAACUGCUCUUGCAGAGGACCUGCAUUUGGUUCCCAGCAUCUAUCUCAGACAGCUUACAAGUGCCUGCAACUCCAGUUCCAAGAACUCUGAGGUCCUCUUCUGACCAUUGUGGACACACACACACACACACACACACACACACACACACACACAUUAAAAUGUGAAAUACAUCUAUACAGAUCAUACUGUGGCUUUACACUGAGUAAACAUGCCCAGUCAAGGAUAAGAAUGAUUUGUCAAUCAUCUAAGAUCCAUAUUUCCCUUUUAUAAAUAGCAUGGAUAAAUUUUAUUCAUCAAUUCCCUAACAGAUGGCCUUGACUUUUCUAACACUGGCUGACAGAAACAUAUACCAUGUUAUAUGUCUCCCUCUCCCUCUGCCUCUUCCUCCCCUCCCACUCCCUCAUCCUUACCCCUCUGUUUUUCUUCCCCCUCCUCUCUCUUUGUGUCUCCUGCUACUGCUACAAAUCAAUAUUUAAGGAUUUGUUCUGUAUAUUUUUUUUGUGUAUGGAGUUACUAGAUAUUAAAAUGUCAAUAUUUUUAUAAAACAGAUUGGAUUAGUGGAUAGGAGUCUUGGAAAAACAAUUUAAACAUCAAUGCUUUGCCCCUAAGUUUGGACAUCUAAAAAGGGAAUAAUGUAGUUUUCUGAGGCAAUAUUUGAUUAUUUUAAAGAUAUUCUUUAAAAGUAGAGACAAGACAACAAAAUAUUUCCCUUGAAAACUGUGUUCAGGUUUAUCUACUGGAUAUUAUAUGGCUCCCUGAUGCUUUCAGUGUAUUAUCAAUCUUGUAAAAUAUUAUGAUUGUUUUCCUCUAGAACUUCUGGUUUUCAUAGAACUCCUAAAUGUUUUCAUUUGCUCAAAGAAGAAAAAGUAUUGUUUUAAUAUCUAUCUUACAUGUUUAAAAUUUUAUUUCAGAAAAGUCAAGCCAGUUGUUACAGAAUAACAUAAGAAUUAUAUUCUGAUUUCAUAGUUAUUUUUGUAAUGGUUAAGACAACCAAUGACUUGUGAAUCCAGGAUUUAAUAACAUAUGCAUUAAAAAUUAUCCAGCAAUGAUAGCCUUUGACUACCUCGUUGCCUCAUGUGGCCUCUGGAGAACAUCUCAAAGACAGAGCUGUUACUCAUGUUCUCAGGAGGAGCCUCAGAAUGUGGGUCUGCCUUCAGUGCCCCCCUCAGUUCUAGCCCUCAUCAUGCCACUAAUGAGAACUAAGCAGGAGGAAGGACAGAGUAUCCCUGUUCCACUCUGCAAGCAUCCAAAUUUCUUGGGACUGUGCAAGUCAGUUCAUUGGAUGUACAGUUAGACACAUCCCCUAAUUACCCAAAAGCUAGGAUGCUACUGAAUAACUUCCUUAACUUUUUCUUAUAUUUUAAUGAUUAAGUCAAUAAGAAAAAGUAUUAUUCAGCUAUAGUGGGAAUAGCUCUCAGGAAACACAGGCCUUCUAUCUACAGAACCUGUUUCAUGUGUGCCUCUGUAUUUAGUGCCUAGUGUACAGCCAUAUCAACAAUUCCCCAAACACACUGGUGCCUUCAGCCUUGCAAAAACAGCUUGGUCAGAUCCCUUUCUUCUUGAGAGUGACCCAAUUUCCAGUGUUGGUAUUUUCUCUCCCCCCACCCCUUUCUGGACACAGAAGCCAACACUCCUUUAACACAGAUACCCUUGAAACCCUCUAUUUCUCCUAUAAGAACAAUUUCUUGCACUGUGCCUCAUGUAGGACAAUAGAAUCUGCUCAUUCUUGUAAAUGUACUUUGGCCUCUCUUGAUGUUACCAAAACCCAGAGUAAUUCUUUUUAAAAUGUUCUUCAUUGAACAAAUCUCUCAAGAUCUGAUCUGAAGUUUCAGGGUCUUUAUUUUAGGUUGUCCUGAAAGAAUAAACUUACACCUCAAUCAAACAAUAGGUGAAUGUCAAAUUAAUACAGAAAAUUAGAAAGAUGACAGCCCCAAGAAGCAAUCAGAUAAUGCUUUCUCCAGAACAUUGAAGAAUGGCCUUUUCUAUGUAGAUGAGAAAGCACUUUCCCUAUUUAUCUUUUUUAGGACUAGAGACUCACUCUGUGCAGCCAAUUACAUGUACAUCCCAAUAUAGAUGAUUGCAACUCAACAGGUUCUGCUCCUUAGCCAACCAGCCAGCCAGCCAACAAUAAAAGCAUAUUGGAUCCUUUUACAUUCAAUUAUUAAUUGGUCAUUGGUCCACCUGGAGUAGAUGCACAUUUCCUAUCACUUUAUCCAAAAUAUGAUCAUUUUCUUUGCACAUUAUGAAUGAUAUUUUCCCCUUUUUCAUGUGGCUGGCUAGUUACUUAAUUAUUAAACACUACAACUUCAACACUAUAUUUUUUUGUAAAGGCAGAGGAUAAACUCAUUAUAUCUGUGGCUUGUUCCACAACACUUAUUCAACACUGGGGAAAGAUAUCACAAUUUCGGAUAAAUAGUUAUCCUUUGCUGUAGUUGUUCUUUAAAAGUAAGAGCUUUUCAAAAUAGACUCUACUUUAGGCUUGAGGAUGAUAUAGAAAAAAAACUAUAUAUAUAUGUAUAUAUAUAAAAUAUCCUAUUAAAUCUAGUGAUAGUCUCUUUAAUACUCCUGAUUAAUGAUCUAGAACUAUUGAGUCAGUGUUGUCAUUUACAUUCAAGGUUGUGGUUAGGGGAUGAGCAACUGACUUUCUUGACAUUAGUUUCCCCACUGAUGAAGCAAGAGUACUAAUAGUGACCUUCCUAAUGGUGUCUGGUAAAGAUUACUUGAAACUAAUGUCUGUAAAGCUUUUCUAGCAUUGUCUGACAUACUCAGGAAAGGUUGGCUGUUAUUAACAGUCUUGAUAAUAAGAAAGAUCAAGGUGUCUCUAAGCCAAAGGAAUGGGAAGUGCUAACAUGCUAAAAGUAGAUCAAGCCUAUCCAAUGUUAGAGACAACUUACUAAUUUUUAAUAUACAUAUUUUCAGGCUUCUGUAGCCUGCAAUGAGCACGACAGUUGGCUGUCUUCAUGUGUAUAGACAUUUGUGUUUUCCAGAGUUAAAGAAAGAAAUGUAGCAAUUGCAAAGAAAAUUAAAAAGCUGAUCAUGCCAUAGGUCAGUAGAAAAAUAGAAAUUUAGAUAUAAAAAGAUCUAUAUUUUUGCCUUUUUUUUGGUUUAGUUAGCCAUCUAAUGAAAUGUAAAUGCACCCAGUCCUCUCUUCUGCCCAUUGCCCACUGUGUUUGUUGUAGUAACUUGGGUAAGCACUCCUCUUUGACUUUGUGUCCCAAGAGUAAGAAACACAGAGAACAAUGAAAACACAAAGUUUCAAAUCUAGCCUCCAAAACUAAGCAUGGCUUUGGGUCCCAUCCCUGACAUUCUUGCCACAAUAAUUUCCUCAAAAGAACUCAAAAUUUAAUCAAGUCUAAAAGUUAUUUUACUGUGUGUGUGUGUGUGUGUGUGUGUGUGUGUGUGUGUGUGAGAGAGAGAGAGAGAGAGAGAGAGAGAGAGAGAGAGAGAGAGAGAGAGAGAGAGAGACUUAAUGAUCUUAGUUUGAGCGUAAAAGGAAUAUAUCCCCACACCAAAUUAGAAACAGCAGAAAUGAUUAAACACAAGACUAGAAUUUAUCCAUGCAAUGUUAAAGAUAUACUAAAUGUAAUUCUCAAGAUUAAGAUUAUGAUCUAGAAUUAGUUUCUUAUUAUAUGUGACAUAUGUUUUAGAAGCUCUGAUUUUGAUGUAUUCUGAAAAAUCUAUAAGAUGAGUUAUUGUUAGACAUCAUUGACCCAGUGAAUUUAAUCUACACUGUGACAUCAUGCUGAGAGCUGAAUUUUCCUUGCUGCUCUUAAAAUAAUUACUGUGAUGAUGUUGCAUGAAAGAUAGAACAAUAUAUUUUGUUGAGAUUUUUAGCUAGAAAUAGUUUCUUUGAUUUGCUAAAAUGGAGCCCUGACAAAGAUUGUGCUCUCCAACAUGGUGAGUAACAAUACAUAUAGCAUAGGUAAAAUGCUGAGAGAAAACUUGUCAUAAAGUGUUACCAUCAAGCUUUUCCUAUCAUUGUCUACUAUCAUAAUAGCAUAGAAAUACAUUGCACACAAAACUUUACUCAGAGUAGUUCUCCUUUUGACACAUCCUAGUGUUUCAGUUUAAUGAAUAACAGCGUUGUGUAUUAGGGAUAAGAAAAGUCUUCAGGGGAGAAAAGACUCUUCAGGAAACCACUGACAAUUUUUAACUUGGAAAAUGUAUUAGAAGAUGUUGUUGAUGUUAAUCUCAGUGGCAGAGCAUUUAUCUAAUAUUUACAAGGAACUGGAUUUGGUGCCAAGUACCAUCAAACAAGGAAAGCCGAAAGAUAUAUCAGAAUUAAUAUAAAACCAAUGCCAGUGACAGAUACACUAAAUGCACUUUAGUGUAUGAUGGGAGCUGUGACAUUUGAGUUGAAGUGGAUGAUCUUAAACCAUUAAAUUCCUUUACACAUAACUUACCAAAUGAUUCGAGUUUGAAAUAUUGUUGCUUUUUCCUUUAGCUGAACAAACUGCUUAGUUAAAUAGUUUGACUCAUUCUUUUUGGACUCAAUAAUUUUAUGUUAAAUGUUGAAAUUAUUUCUGUGUCUCAAAUAUCUGAGUUAGAAUAAUGGAAUGUCAAAAGACCAUAUUUGCAUUACUAGGUUAUGGACUGUUGUAUUUAUUUUUACAGGUAAUUAAGCUCUACGCAAAAAAAAAAAAAACUUCUUUUCCAACACCAUUUUGUUUUUUCUUACCAACUAAUCUACCCACCCCUGCCCAGAAGUAGGUCACUUUAACAGGCUGGAAUAAAUGUUGCUGAGGGAAAUUUAUGUGGAGUCAGUAUGCAUGAUAUAUUAAUACAACACAAAAUAACUGGCUAUGACUUCUGAAAGUGAUGUUAGUUAAGUACAUUGGUUGUCUUUUGUUUGCAGAUUAUUUCUUGGUCUUAUGGAUCUCCUUGAACUGGCUUCUGUCAUUAUGUGGCACCACCCUACACUAAUUAGCACUCCUCUUUCUCCUUCUUCUCCUUCCUCUCCUCCCUCUUCUGCCACUCCUUCCUUUCCCCCAUCUCCUUUCUUAUGGAUUCCUAUCAAAUCUUUAGGAUACUAGCAGCUAUAUGCCUAGAAGUGGUGGACUCACUUAUAACCUAAGAAAAAAAGACAUAUUGAAAGCUAAAAUUGGCUGCUGAGUCCCAGGAAACCAGUAACUUAAGGAAACUGGAGAGCAGUUGUGUUUUAAACUUCUCAAAGUAUCUUCUCACAGAAAUGCCUGUAUUCAUACUCUUUGGGGAAUCAUCAAUUCUUGUGACUUGUGUAAGAAACUUUAUCUUGACUAUGCCCAAGGAUUAAAUAAACUAGGAGCAAAGAUCCACAUUCCAUGCCUGUCCCUUUCUAAAGAACUACCUCUUUAAAAUCACCACCAUUAGCUACAACAGACCAAAUAAAAAUUUAAGAGUAUAGAUUUUUCCCUUAUGUGUCACAUGAAACUUAACAUUGGCUUUCUACUCUUGGUUCAGGUAGCAUGAGGAAAUCAUGAGCGCUGAGAAGAUAUUGCUAUUGUUAUAAAGGCCUUAAAUACCCAUUGUGAAGGAUGCUCACUUAGAGAAAGGAUGGAGGGGAUUCUGUGAGCCUCAUAUCACAUAGAGUGAUGCAAACUUUCUGUAACCAUUCUUGAGUCAACAAUCUGAUUAGAAAGAUUUGAGAUGGCAAGAAAUGUGCCCAGAAAGAGUUCUGAGAGCUUCUUCUCUUCUGUCCUACUGUGACUAAACACGAUACUGGCAUAAUUUAUGCAUUGCUCCAUGAUGCUUACAUCAGUCCCAAGUCUCCUUUCCAACUGCAAUAAAGGAAAUGUCAACAUCUAAUAAUAGUAUCUGCCAAUUUGUUUAAAACCACCAUAAGAGGGAUUAUCCUUGCAUAAGGUUAAGUCAUUAAACUAUCCAAGUUUGGCAAAGCAAGGAUAUGAACAGUUCUGCAGGUGGGCUUCUCAGGGCGAGUGAAGCCUUAAGGCGUCCAAUCAGGGUUUGGCCACCUGCAGCCCUGCCAAUAUGCCCCUCCACCAGAUUUCUGUGAUCCCAGCCCGGGAGACUGCCAGCAAUGGGAGAAGCUCAAUGGGCAGAAACAAAGAGAAGAACAAGGAAGUCGAGAAUGAAAAAUCCCCAGGGCGCUCUGCAAGUCGAUCAAGUAACAUAUCAAAAGCAAGCAGUCCAACCACAGGGACAGCUCCCAGGAGCCAGUCAAGGUUGUCUGUCUGUCCAUCUACUCAGGACAUCUGCAGGAUCUGUCACUGUGAAGGAGAUGAAGAGAGCCCACUCAUCACACCCUGUCGCUGCACAGGAACCUUGCGCUUUGUCCACCAGUCCUGUCUCCACCAGUGGAUCAAGAGCUCAGACACACGAUGCUGUGAGCUCUGCAAAUAUGACUUCAUAAUGGAGACCAAGCUCAAGCCCCUUCGGAAGUGGGAGAAACUCCAGAUGACUACAAGUGAAAGAAGGAAAAUAUUUUGCUCUGUCACGUUCCAUGUCAUCGCUGUCACCUGUGUGGUGUGGUCUCUGUAUGUGUUGAUCGAUCGGACAGCAGAGGAAAUCAAGCAAGGUAACGACAAUGGUGUGCUGGAAUGGCCAUUUUGGACAAAACUGGUUGUGGUGGCCAUUGGCUUCACAGGAGGUCUCGUCUUCAUGUAUGUACAGUGUAAAGUCUAUGUUCAACUGUGGCGUAGGCUGAAGGCCUACAACCGUGUGAUCUUUGUGCAGAAUUGCCCAGACACUGCCAACAAACUGGAGAAGAACUUUUCAUGUAAUGUGAACACGGAAAUCAAGGAUGCUGUGGUUGUCCCUGUGCCACAGACAGGUUCAAAUUCACUGCCACCUGCAGAGGGCGCUCCGCCUGAAGUUAUACCAGUCUGAUGGAACUAGAAGGGAACUUCACAGAAGAAUCUUUACAGCCCCAGCCACUACAAACAGAAAUGUUUCUGCUCUGGUGGCUUCCUUGUCUUCUCCGUUCCCCUACUGACUUGUUUGUCCUGACUUGGAGUAAAAAAGGAAAUGAGGAGAGAAUAUCAAGUGACCAGGAUCCCAAGAAGCAGAGCCUGCAGUGGGUCAUGGAAAGAUGUCUUAGGGAGUGAGUUCAAAAGGAACAGUUGGUACAAACAAUGCUUCCAGUGAGGAAAGACUGGACAGACAUGAGAUCCUCUUUCAAGCAGUGCAGAGGGAAUCCCAGAACAGACUUCAAAUGCAGUGUAUGCUUCUUUGGAGGGUUCUGUACCAUUAGCCUUCUCCACUGGAAAUGACACACAUCUGGUCUUAAGCCAAAAAUGUGUGCAUCAUCCCUAAGUCACACCAGAGGCAAACUUGGAGGACCUGAGGUUUUUUACACAUUGACAGAUGAUUUUUCUGGCUAUUGUGAAGUAUGGUUAUUUUGACAGAUGCAUGUUUUUAAAUGGAUGCAAUACACAUUUGGAGAUAGAAAUGUUUGGAAUUUUGUUUAAAUUUAAAUCAUGAAGAAAAGAUUUUCAGAGCAUUGUGGUGUUUAGCUAGUAGUUUUUUGCAAACAACUAUCAUGACGUGUUUUAUCUGGUCCCUCUUACACACUGCUCAAUGAUAGACACAUCACUUGAUUUGCAAAUGCAGAUGUAAAAUUUCAAUCUCCUAGUGUGCCCCACUAGGAAAAGUAAAAAUAGGUCAAUUAAUUUUUAUAAUUUAUUCAACAUUAUAUAUACAAGUUAUGUGAUGUCAUCAACAAAAAGUCAUUAAAAUGGCUUUCAUCAUUUUCUUGGACCAAGUCUUCAAAAUCCAGCAUGUAUUUAUGACACACUUCCAUCUAAACGCAGUGUGUUGGGCAGGAUCUACUAAGGAUAUUGGACAGCAGAGCCCUCUCAUUAAAAACUACACCUGUCUCAUUUAACAGUUGGAUAUUUCAGAACAGCAGUUAGGUCCACUAUUUUGCUGUUUCAUUUAGAGGUUGACUAAUAAAGCACCAAAUUAAGUAUUCCAGCUUGAAUUCAAUGAAGGCACCACUUUUCAAAGGGGUGAAAAAAACUGAAGUAUAGGGCGUCAGUAGGAUCUGUAGCAACGUUAUGAAAUUAACUUCUGUAUAAUACAUAUAAAGUAAUCGUGACAGGGCAAUAAAAUUAUAAAUUUUGCUUUCAAAUCUGCAUGGAAUGUCAGUGUGGCAGGCAAGCAUCUUAACUAAGGCUCUCAACCAUCUUCACAGCUGACAGUGUUCCCUUGCUCAGCUCAGAAGUAAAAUUAUUCCAGAUUCUAUGGUGAUGAGCUGGUUGUCAGUUCAAAAGUUGAGCACAGUCACACAAACUGCUAUGACACUGCAGUGAGCUAAGUAAAUAAUCACAUACAGUUACCCAUCAAAGAAAGAGACAACAGUUUUAAAAGUGACUUUUUUUUUUUGGUUAGUUGUCAUUAUUUAUUGUCCUGAAAAGGCAGAGAUGGCCAUAAAAACCAAAGCAUGGGCAUCAUGUUGCACAAAUCUGGGUACCACAUCCAUGCACUUUGUAAUUAUCAGUAUGUUUGUUCUUCACAGAUUAUCAAAGGAAAAGGAAAAAAAAAAAAGGAUCUUUCUGAGAAGAGAGUAUGCUAUCUGUAGUGAUUGACACUGGGUCCAAAUAGUCCCACUCUUAGAAAUAAAGACAUAGUAAACAAUGUCAAGUGUGUGUGUGUGUGUGUGUGUGUGCGUGUGUGUGUGUGUGUGUGUGUGUGUGUGUUGUAUAUUCAUGUACAUACACAAGAGAAAUGUUAAAAGUAUUCAAUCAGGAAACAAAUGCUUAAAAACUUCUUUUUUAAAACUUGUGGGAGGGGCAAGGAUUAAAUAUGCAGGGACAAUACGAAGGACAUAAUUAAACUGGGCCAGACAGACCUCCAGAACAAAUAAGGAUUCGAAUACAUUAAAAAGACCUAAACCUCAAAAUUGGUAUUAAGUUUCUGAAUAGUUUCCAUUUUAAAGAUUUAAGAUGACUAUGAACAAAGGAUGGAUGUGGUGAUCAUGACUUCACACAAGGGGUUAGCCGUCCUUCAGUUUGUCCGAGUAUUUCCCUAGCUCUUACUAAUGCAUUUUGGUAGGCACACAAUCUGCUACACAGUGAAUCCCAAGUAGAAACCAGUGUAGGCUACAAGACCUUUUUCCAAAAACAAAACUACCAAGGUUUAAAACUAAAUAAAUAAAUUGAAACCAUCUUUGCACACUCUUGUUAAUAAUGGAGUUUUCACUUACUAUAACAAUGGAAAGGUUUGGCUUUAGUGGCCAGACUUACAGCUCACAGAGAAAAACUGCUUUACAGAACGGCAUUAUCUUGAGGCGUGUUUACCUGCUCUCAGCAAACAAAGUGAAACUGAGACAAAACAUUCAAUUGUUGAGUUUACAAAUUGUUGAAACUGUUGAAACAGAUUUUUAUAAACACAAAAUGAAGCUGGGCUAUUAGAAAUGGCAUAAACCCAACACUGAAAAUGCUUUCUAUCAAGACUUGACAGUUCCACUAGGUAUAAUUAUUCAAUUCAAAAGGAAUGAAAUUAAAACAUUUAAAAGUGAAGCCCAGGAUUGGGAAAGACAAGUCAGUGGUUAGACACUUUCUGUUCUCAUAAGAUGGUCCUGGUUGAGUUCCUGGCAACCACAUGACAGUUCACAACCAGCUGUAUAUUCCACUUCCAGGAUGCCCAACACCUUCUUCUGGCCUCUGAGGGUCCCCUCACACAUACAUGGACAGAUACACACAUUAGAAAAAAAAAAGAAUACAAUUUUAAAAAGUGAAGCCCCCCCCCUGCGCAAGCAGGUUACCUUUAGUAUAAAACAAUAACAAAACCCUAUAAAAAUAAAGAAAAAUGUAACUUAGGAGUCCCAAUAAUCCAGAACACUGUAAUGCAGACAUCGAGUCCUUCUCAGAAUGUCCCAGGAUCAAACCUCACCCAGAACUGCUGCUAUAGGUAACGGUAUCCCACAGAACCCCCAAACUUAUUUUUCUUUUGUGAGAAGAACCUAGGGUACCCUUCAGACAUUAAUACUUCUGCUGAAGUGAGGGCAUUAUGAGAAAUGAAGUCAUUAUGAGAAAUCACAAUGGGGGGGUGAAAUAGAAAGCAUUUAUUCCAUCUGUCAGAUACAAUUUAUCUUGCCUUGCCAAUGAAUAUUUUGGGGGCAAAUAAUAAGUGGAGAACCUAAAACUUCCUGUUGUAAUGGUUAUAAAAUGGCGUCCUUCCGUCAGCUCAAUGGUGCUAAUUUACACGAUACAAAUGAAAGGAAGCACUGUCAUUUGAGGCAGCAGCACUUCUCCCACACCUGAAGAAGCCCAUGCUGAAAUCGGAAAUAACAUUCACACAAAGGAGAAAAUAUUAUUUAAAACUGUGUGCAACUUUUGAGAUUGGGCAUUUGUACUUUUUCAGUUUUACCUAAUUGUCCUUCAUUAACAAUUUACUGUUUGUGAGUAAUGUGUGCUUAAGACAAACUAAGGAAACUAAUUAUCUGUGAAAGACUUUGUAUAUUAAACAAAUGCUCCAAAUCUU